AUGUCGGCCGAGUAUGCGGCUCGCAUGGAGGUGCUCCAGCGCCGGCGCGAGGAGCUGACGGCGCAGCGGCAGGCGGUCGAGAAGCGGAUGGCGCUUCGAGAGGCCACGGCCGCCGAGUUCAGUGCCGUGGCGCUACAGAGCUGCCGCCAGAAGUGGAAGGCGCAGCGCAGCUCCGCCAUCGCCGCCCAAAAGCGCAACGACGAGCUCGCGCGCUCAGUGCGGGGGGCGCAGAGGCAGGUGCACGAUGCAUGUGCCAAGCUGCAGGGCGACCAGUCCCGCAGCGGCGCGCUGCUGGCGCAGGAGAAGGCGCGCUACAACCGCCGCAUCGAGCAGGUGUACCCUGCGUGGCAGGAACAGCUGCAGCGCCAGCGCGUGCAGAAGCUCCGGGAGCUCGAGGACAAGAAGAGGGCAGUCGAGAGACGAAGAUACCUCGCCAAGAAGAGUUUUGAGAAGGAGCAGACACUGGACGAUUUGAUCCGGAAGACGCGCCAUGAGGUGGAGAUGGCUGAGAACUUGGAACAGAACGAACUGUACGAAAGGGAGUUACUACGCACGCAGACCAAGGAAGUUGACCAGAACAUCCGCGAAGUGGCCCUGGAGGCUAGGAGCCACCUCCAGCAACAAGCAGCGAAGCACCUUGAAAUGAGGCCUGAACUCGACGAGGAGCUUGCAGAAAAAUUGUCUGAAACGUUCUCGCCACGGAAUACCCUACGUGCUCUACGAGAAGGCAGCAGCUCGCUUGCAUUCGAGGAGAACCAACAGUAUGAAGAAGAGAAACCUGCUCGUCAGAUCCGCGUGGAGAUUCCAGCGCGGAUGAACACACCUACACGGUCUUACUAUCCGGAUGUAACCCACCCGGGCUCAAGCCAAGUAUUUUACACUGAUGACGGCGAGUUCCACGGCGACUACGUUGAUGAGAUCGCAAGCGAGUUCGACGAUAGACCUAUCCAUUUCGGUCUCGGGUGGAAGUUCAAGUACCUGGUGAGCGUCAUGCUGGGCCAGAACCUGGAGCCCCUGGGCAAGCUUUCCACUGGUGGAGAUUCCGAUGAAGUCGAUGCUGCGAAUCAUGAAACUUCUUCAAGUGUUGAAGGUGAUACCGUGCUGAAUGCAGACGACGUGAGCACCCCAACCCAGCCACCGACUGAAAGCAGUACAGACCUGCCUUCUGAGAAACCAUUCGAGACGAAAUCCGUGGUUGCCGAGUCAAUGGACAUCAAGCAAACUAUUGAAGUUGCACCACGCGCACCAUUAAUAGUUGACGUCGAGGAAGAUCAAGCGACCGAGGAGGGCCCCAACGACGAUAAAACUAGCAGGAUCGACUCCUUCCAUGACACCAAUGCCAUAGCCGACACGAGAGAUACAAGUAUUACGACUGUGGUUACUACCCCUACGCUGGAUACGGUUGAAAACUCACCAGUUCAGGAAGCAGCAGCAAGCAUCAACGACGAAGUUCCGGCAGAACUACCAGAAUCUCCACCAGCGUCAAUUGCUUACGCCACCGAUUUGUUGGAACCGUUUUCACCGGCAGCCUCGACGCCAGCCAAUGCACAGUCGACCGAAAAUGAAAUGCUGCUAACAAGUAUGCAAAGUGACGACUUCGACUUCUCGGAAACCAACGACACCAAGCCUAUUGAAGAAGUUGCAGACACGAAACCAAUCAUACCAGCAGAUAUUGAAGAAAAGCCCACUACAGCUAGUAUCACGGCCGCCAUAGAUGCUGUUGAGGCUCAUGCGAGUCCUUCGGAAACCCCAGCUCCGGCGGCAGCAUUGGAAGAGACGAUCACUGUAUCGAUCACAGAAAAGUUGUCGCCAGUCGACCGUGUGAAGGCACUUGGAGCUCUGAUCAGCCGGGUGGAGGAGGGUGCAACUGAAGGAGAUACGCUGGGCGGAUCUACAGACACAGGUUCAUCAAACGAGUCAAAACGCGACCUGCUGAAAAUGGCGGUGGGAGGACGGAAAGCGCAGAUUGCGUUCUUUGGCUCCGAUAUUUGCUUCGAGCUAAUCCUUGACAUCUCGCGAGACCUUGGACCAGUGCUCUUCCCACCGAAAGCAUUUGAAGGAAUCAUGAACGACCAAAAGAUUCGCAAACUCCACCAGAGCAACAAGGAAAAACAACUUGAUCUGUGGAAAGCAUUGUCAGGUCAUUUGAAGCAGCUCGUGCAGCUGAAGGUGAUAUCAUCGGCUGCGCUGGUGGAUCUGUUUGUUGCUGCAUUCCUGGCUCACGAUCCUGACAAUCAGCGAUCCCAGCGAAAGCUCCGUGAAUUCCUAGGGACCGUGUGCGGAGGCGGUGGGGGUGGCAGCGGCAGCCGGACCCCGAGCCCACGGAAAGAAACCUCGCGAGCUUCUCCGUCGCCUUCCCCACCCAAACAAGAGCAACGCUCAUCAAGUCCAGAGCCGGCCAAGACCACCGAAUCCGAAGACAGAAUCGGGACUCCGCAGCUCCUGCAAACAGCUUUCCUCCAGCGGCAAAGCCCGCCAAAACCCAAGGUGUUCGGGAUCGCGUCUUCAAGCAGCUUCAAGGACAGGUCAAGCGGAUCUUCCGACGUGCUGGCAUCGAUGAGCGCAGGCCCCAUGAAGCUCUCCCAAAAGUUGAUGAGCGGUGGCAAGAUGAACGACUACUCCGAGUUCGAGGAGGAGGAGGAGGUGGACCUGCAGAACCUCAUCGGCACCAAGUCGGCCUUCGCGUCUGCAUCGUCAAGCAUGGGCAGAGGCUCGUACCAAGCCGCCAAGGCGUCCACCAUGGGCAACUCAGCGCAGAAGAAGAAGGCGGCAGUCGAGGAAGACGACGACUCGUUCGACGCCGACUUUUAG